AUGCUUGCCAGUGUCACAAAGGGGGGGACACAUGAAGCUGCCAAGUAUGGAAACUUGGCUGAACUGUUCGAGAUCCUGCAACAUGGAAUGGACAUCAACAGCCGGUGUGAAAAUGGCUACACUGCAAUUCACAGAAAGGCGAAGUGUGGCGACACCUCAGCUGUAAACUGGCUGCUGGAGUCAGGUGCCAAUGUCACUGUGUGGGGUGACUGGCAGCAGACUACCCUCCACGUAGCAGCAGCAUACGGCAGACAGGGUGUCGUGAUGGUCCUGCUGUUUCACGGUGCGGACAAAGACGCGUGGGACGGCUGUGGGCAGACUGCUUUGCAGAUUGCCGCCACAUGUGGUGAAGCAGCUGUCGUAAACCUGCUGUUGUGGUUGGGGACAGACCGGUCUGCUGCCGGCUACGGUAAGAUGCCUCUGGAGCUAGUCCUGGCAUGCAACAGGAGGGCAGUCCUAGAUAUACUGAGCAGGAUUUGUCCCGAGUAUCACGGGGCUGUACUACCAUUUGCAGACAAAGCAAGUAAAAACAUAGUAUACUGUGAAAUACAUGUAAUUGAAUUAUUGAAAUAUUUACCUCCUCCCCCUUCUUACUUCUCCCUGUACUGGUCACACUUCCACAUGUGA